UGACCAACAUGGAAACGACGUGACUGGCAAUGUUUAUCUUUAUGGGAGGUACUUCCGGGUUGUGUUUACUUCUGACGGCAGCAAUGUCCAAAGAGGCUUCAAACUGUACUAUGGUCCAGAUUACUCAUCAUUCCCGACGUAUCCCACAACAGACUCAAGUUACAACAGACGGUCAUCAAGCCCCUACCCUUGGAAUGGAAUGGCGACCACAUACCCGUGGUAUUGGUCCACUACAGACAGAGGCUGGGGCUCCCGAUGGCCUUACGCAAGCACUGAAGGAACCACGUCAGACUGGCGAUAUCAGACGUCAUCUGGUUACGCUUGUGGGGAGACGAGCUACAGCACCAGUGGCGUUUUCCAAUCUCCGAACUACCCCAGCAGCUACUCCAACAACCUCUACUGUGUCUACGGGAUCUACCCAUCUUACAACAUAGAACUGAGCAUUGACGAUUUGAUGUUAGAACAGAAUUAUGACAUCCUGAGGAUUUCAUACGAAGAUGUGUAUGGGUACCAACGGAAUGUGUCAUUUACCGGUGACAGUCGUGACACAAUGGUUGGCAGACAGUUUAAAAUGACCUUCACAACUGACGGAAGCAAUACUCGCCAAGGAUUCAGGCUGUCCUGGAGGAGAUAUGAUUCAUGGGGAUCAACGACGAAUGGAUACUAUCAACCGAGCAGCACCUGGUGGGGCUGGUCAUCACAAGCCCCAUCUGUCAUGGUCACCUGUGACUCCAGAGAUUUCAAAGUGACUGUACCACGUGACAUGAUUCAACAAGUGUUUCCGGGGUCAUCUCCAUAUGACCUGACCCUGGAUGACCCUAACUGCCGGGGACAAGUCUACUAUGACGUUGUGAUGUUUCGUUCAAACAUCCUUGGUUGUGGUAUGACAAGGGAGGAAACUGGAUAUGACAUCGUGUACAAGAACAGGAUCAUGCCACAAGUUAGAGGAUACUACGGAACCACAACGGCAACCGGAUCAAUCAUCACGAGGUUCAACUCAAAGGAUAUAUCUCUAGAGUGUCACCUCAACAGAGACGUGUCCAUUAUUGGACACUUCAGGCCUCAACAUGAUCAUCAGCUGGUUGCAAGUGGCUCGGGAAACUUUUCCAUGCAUAUGAAUUUCUACAGGGAUCCCAGUAUGAAUUACAGAAUCACCUCCUAUCCGAUGUACAUUGGCCUGAAUCAGGAUGUAUACGUGGACGUCGAGCUGGAGUCGGAUGACUCUGAUCUCAAGAUAUCGCUUCAGAACUGCGUGGCUAAACCGUCUGUGGAUCCUUACGAUUAUUACAACCAGUACUACCUCAUCAGAGAUGGAUGUCCUGCGGACCAGACCGUUGCUUUCGAGUACACUUCCUCCCUGAAACAUGUCCACUUCCGGUUCCGACAUUUGAAUUUGUUCGCAACAAUCGGGAUGUAUACAUCUUCUGCUACGUCCGAGUAUGCAACGGCACAGACUACGAACACAGAUGUCGUCGGGACUGCAACUCAAUGCAUCGUCGUGUUCGUGAGGCGUCGGAUGACAGGACUGAACAUGACCUUCACAUCUUCCAGGGGCCACUUACCUUCAGAGAGAAACGGAAUGCAGAUUUCCAGGUAGCAGAACGAACCGGCGGGAACGACUCCAGCACUACGGCAGCUGUCCCAGCAAUUGUAAUGGCUAUUGCUGCAGUUGCCAUGGUGAUGGCUGCUGUUGUCAUGGUGAUUCGAGGGAAGCGCCGUAACAGAUCCCACACGAAAGGUGUCGAUACCGAAUUGUAAAACGUCCAACAGCCUUUGCAACUGUCCGCAAUUUCACCGCUUGAACUAAGCAUUUAGCUGCUUCCUUAUAAACUGAUUGUGCAUUAUUCCAUAUGUAUAUGCAAUAGAUACAUUAUAGAACAUUCGAACACACACAUUGAUGCAACUCAGAAACUUUAACCAUUUCAAUCAGAAUCAAGAUCUGAACACGAGAAGCAGUUAUCCAUGUUGUUUUCCCGUUGGCGAGACAUUGUUGGGUUCACUCACUGAGACGUUUGAAUAAUACUGUAAACAUUUUCCCCAAUAAAUGUUAAAAUUCAUCAGUAUUCAAAGCUAUACAUGUUUUGUAAUUCAGAUGCCUAGGCGAUACGGUACUGUAUUUUCACCAUCUGUGGUAUUCGUAUUUGUGCUAAAUGAAACACGUGUAUCAAUACGACAGAUAUACCCAGGACAAGCAUGCUAAGAAUUCGCUUUGUUUUUACAUUUAUAGCUUUCGUGCAUGCGGCGACCAAUUUCUUUCAUUUAAUAGCAAGUGUUGGACUAGUGUGUCCAGGAAUGAAGACAAUAAGUGUAGUCGGACUGAUCAGCUUUUAUCUGUGUUGAGAGUGCAUAGAAUGAUUUAAUUAUUGUUAAUCAAGCUUUCUAUAUUUACAAUAAAGAUAUAAAACGUG